UCAUGCUGCUGCCAGGUCCAGAGUCUCUCAUGGGUCCCUGUACGGCCUCCCAUUGCUGCUGUCUCCAUCGCCACACUCUGCCAUGUGCCACUUUCAGGUCUCCUCACACUGCUGGUGUGUUCAAUUUUUUGACAUAGGGUGCUGGCAGAUUACGGGCCUCCCAUAGCUGCUGCCAGGCCCCUAAUCUGCCAUGGGCCCCUAUACCGCCUCCUCAUGCUGCUGCCAGGUCCAGAGUCUCUCAUGGGUCCCUGUACGGCCUCCCAUUGCUGCUGUCUCCAUCGCCACACUCUGCCAUGUGCCACUUUCAGGUCUCCUCACACUGCUGGUGUGUUCAAUUUUUUGU